UUAUGUAUAUUUAGUAGAUUAAAUGAUGAUAAAGUGUGUUUUGUGGUUCAUUAUAAGUGUGUUUCAGUUUGUGACAUUGGUGAAAAUCUCUGUUGCUGUUGGUAAUUUGCCACUCGCACCCGCUUUAUAUGUGUUUGGGGAUUCAUUGUUCGACAAUGGGAAUAACAAUCUUCUUCCAACAGUUGCCAAGGCUGAUUUCCUGCCUUAUGGUGUUAAUUUUGCCACAGGAGUUACUGGAAGAUUCACCAAUGGCAGAACAGUCGCGGACUUUAUAGCUGAAUCUCUUGGGUUGCCAUAUCCUCCACCAUACAUAAGUGUUCGUCUGUCAACGGGACACGCCGGAUUCAAUUAUGCAUCUGGCUCUUGUGGGAUUCUCCCUCAAACCGGAAGCCGAUAUGGAAAAUGCUUGAAUUUAGAAGAACAGAUAGAUUUGUUUGAGAGGACAGUCGAACCAGAUCUGUUGGCAAGACGCCUAAGAAACUCAAAUGGUUUAGCAAAAUAUUUCUUGUCGAAGUCUAUAUUUAUAUUUGCCAUUGGCAGCAACGACUUCCUCAACAACUAUCUUAAUCGACCAAAUACAUUUGCAUCCACAACCAGAAAUAAUGGUGACCCAGCAGCCCAAUCAUUUGCCCAAAACCUAGUGGAUUCAUUAGCUCACCAAUUAGAGAGGCUAUAUAGAUUAGGAGCAAGGAAGGUGAUCAUGUUUGAAAUUGGUCCCAUUGGGUGCAUCCCAUCAAUUAUAAAGAAAAGUAAUAAUGAAAAAGGAAAAUGUGUGGAAGAAAUAAAUGAAUUAGCAUCAUAUUUCAACCAAAGGCUUGGUUUAAUGCUUAAGAAUCUGACAUCCUCUCGGCAAGGCUCAACCUUCGUUCUUGGUCAAGCUAAUUGGCUGGGCUAUGAUGCAAUAAACAAUCCUUCAAAAUAUGGGUUAAAGGAUUCAAGCAAUCCAUGCUGCACCACAUGGAGAAAUGGGACAUCAUCGUGCAUACCAUGGCUGAUGCCCUGCAGUGAAGCAAGCAGUCACUACUUUUGGGAUGCUUAUCAUAUGACUGAAGCUGUGUGUUCGGUCAUUGCAAACCGAUGCUUUAACGACUCAUCCGUCUGCUCUCCAUCCAUUUACCAACUUCUACAAUUCUGAACAAUUAAUGUUCGAUGUUAUAAAUUAUAUACCUAGCUAAUUACUCAUAUGUACCUCCUAUCUAAUAGUUAUUAACUCAUUAUAUAAUUUUCAA